AUGGUUCUUAGCGCAUGAAGGGACAUCGAUGCUCACUUCGGAAAAUUCAGCGCAGACGAUGACACUCCAUCCGCUUGUACUCAAGGGAUUGACCCCUGAGUUGCUUCGACAAGCGCAGGAAGAAGUUGGCGAGACGCCAGAAGUGAAAGCGAAAUCCAUCGAACAAUUAAAAAGGUUAAUUAAAGAAAAUGCUGACUUCGUCUGUUGGAUGGAUGACAGUUUCUUGGUGAGGUUUCUCCGUUUCGCUAAAUACGAUGUACAGAAAGCUUUCAAGACCAUCCGAAACUACUACACAUUCAAAGCAAAAUUCGCAGGACAAUACACGAAUUUCAAGCCCUCCGAAGUGAAACACAUUCUCGAAAAGAACCAUAUACUUGUGUCACCUUACAGGGAUCCUCAUGGAGGCAGCAUCUUCAUAUUAGCUUUAGGUUCUUUUGAUGCUGAUCUGGUUCCUAUGAAAGAACUGAUGGCUGCCAUUAUGGUGUGCUCUGAAGUGGCGAUCUGCGACGAAACGAUACAGCUGUGUGGUUCAACAGUUAUUUUCGAUUUCCAAGGUAGCUCUAUGAGGAAGUUGCUUCAUUUUGCUUCAUUCCAGCUCCUGUCUUUUGCAUUCACAGGAUUGCAGAACUGUUGGCCCUUCCGGAUAAAUGGUUUUCAUGUAGUAAACGACCCUUCAUACUUCAGUAUUCUCUUCAGGAUCUUAAAACCAUUACUUUCAAAUAAAAUGAGAGAGCGAUUUCAUGUUCACGGAAAGAACCUGAAGAACUUCCAUAAAUACAUACCACCAGAGAAUCUUCCAGAAGAACUCGGCGGCAAACUGGGACCAAUGGAUACGACAGAAUAUCGCAUUCACAUUUUAUCAGGAGAAUCUUAUAUGGAAAAGCUUAACCGAUACGGCUACGAGGAACAAAAUACCACAUCGAAGUCAUUGUAAUUUCUUAAACUUCAACGAGAAUGAACAACCAGAGACAAAUUUGAUUAUCAAAUUAUCGCAUUUUGUCGAACUUACGAAAAUAUUCCGCUUUAAAAUAGUAAAAAUGGUCCUUGCACGACAACCUUCUGGGAAAGAUAGUAGCAGUAAAAUUUUCUUUUCCUUUUCGAUUUAGGUAAUAAAGAACUUCAGCUAUUUGGAUCUCUCUUCUAUUUUAUUUGAACGCAAAUUUUAAACGGUAUUUGCUUUCCCUGUGUAAAUAUUUUCAUUUGAAAUAUUUCUUACAGUUCGUGAUGUAUGAUGUAAUAUAAAACUUGUGAAAGUCUUGUGAAGUGAUGUAUGAUGUAAUAUAAAAUCAGUCAAGAAUAAAACGUUAAUUUCAUUUCAUAAAA